GCCAACAUUAAAACUUACUAUCCGGGACAUCGGUCCUGCAUUUCCACUUGGCCUGUUGCGUUUUAGAUCUGUUGAAUGGGUGAACGACUCAAGCACGUGAACGCAGAACAGCGCACAUAUGACGAGCCUCUAGGCUGCGCAUUCUACGUUCUCGCCGCUUUGUCAAUGGUUCUCAUUAUUAUCACGUUUCCUUUCUCUCUUUUCUGCUGCAUCAAGAUUGUCACUGAAUAUGAGCGAGCUGUUAUAUUUCGGCUUGGACGUGUUGUGUCUGGCCGUGCAAAGGGACCAGGACUGUUUUUUAUAUUUCCGUGUAUGGAUAACGUGAGGAAAAUUGAUUUGAGGACCAUCUCGUUUGACAUUCCACCACAAGAGGUUCUAACUCGAGACUCUGUGAGUGCAACAGUGGACGCUGUUGUGUAUUAUCGUAUCCAGAAUCCCACGAUGUCCGUUGUCGAGGUUGAGAAUGUUGCUCUAUCGACAUUCCUACUUGCACAGACGACAUUGAGGAACAUGUUGGGUACGAGGACUCUUGCUGAGAUUUUGACGGAUAGAGAAGCCAUCAGCCACGAGAUGCAGUCGCAACUUGAUGAGGCGACGGACAAGUGGGGAGUCAAAGUGGAGAUUGUUGAAAUGAAAGAUGUUCGCUUGCCAAGACAGUUGCAACGAGCUAUGGCAGCUGAAGCAGAAGCGUCACGUGAAGCCAAAGCAAAGGUGAUUGCUGCUGAAGGUGAGCAGAACGCCGCACGUGCUCUCCGUGAGGCUUCCAGCGUCCUUGACCAAUCACCAGCCGCUCUCCAACUUCGCUACCUCCAGACCCUCACGACCAUCUCAGCCCAGAACAACCACACCAUCAUGUUUCCCCUCCCUCUCACUCUCAUACGUGAAAUAUUCGGACGUGGUGGGGGCGGCGGCAGUCAGUAAUGGUUGGAAAUUGUGAGGUCACUUUUGUCGUUCACUGUUGCAAGAGAAGAAUUUUGCUUGAAUGUUCCGUAAAUGUUGCAAAUGAGGCGGCUGUUGACAUGCAGUAUUCAUAGACGGUUUGUGUGUGAUUUUGUAGUGGUCGCUGCUAAGUGCUUAUAGGCUGUUGUAGAGCAUGUAACUAAAAGUCUAAAGCAACACUGAAUCUUUAUUGAAA